AAAUCACACGUGAUCGAUCUAUCGAUUUCAAGUUUUCUCAACGUAGCGAUCCUUGAUCAAAUCCGUCUCUUCUCAUUCUCUCCAGUUUCGCGGAAGCAGAUUUUUGAGGUAUUCAAGAAAACAUGGAAUCCAGCAGUAACCAUGGAGGGAUCAAGCUACUGCUAGCUGCUGAACACGAAGCUCAGCAAAUCGUCAAUGCCGCUAGGACUGCAAAAAUGGCAAGGCUGAAGCAAGCCAAGGAAGAGGCCGAGACAGAGGUUGCUGAGCACAAAGCCAGCACUGAGCAUGGUUUCCAGAGGAAACUCGAAGAGACCAGUGGAGAUUCAGGUGCAAACGUGAAGAGGCUAGAGCAGGAGACUGAUGCCAAGAUCGAGCAGUUGAAGAACGAAGCUUCCAGGAUUUCCAGAGAUGUUGUGGACAUGCUUCUCAAACAUGUCACCACCGUGAAGAACUGAGAUAUAUCAUAACCAAACCAUCGAUUGCAAAAUGGUGUCAAGUGUUCUUUUGAGUGCAUUCAUUCAUUCGUUUCUUUCAAAUGUUUUUUUGGGUUCGGGGAUUGAACUCUUGCUAUUGGUCUCUCUAGAAGACUUAUAUGACUUUUGCGUUUUGUAAUAAAAGGAACCCAUUGGAUUUU